AUGGACACUGAAAAUCUCUUUGUAACUGUCCUACCUACAGGUGGUUUAUUUCUUCCAGUCAAUAUGUCAACUUCAGGAACUCCAGAAGGGAGGCUGAGAAAAUUUAAGUACCGUGGCAAAGAUGCAGCUAUGAGGCGGCAACAGCGGAUAGCAGUCAGACUGGAUCUCCGGAAGGCCAAGAAAGACGAGCAGGCCUUAAAGAGAAGAAAUAUCACCCCUCUUUCCCCUGACCCAGCUUGUGAACAACAGACCAAAAUCAGCCUCACCCUGCAAGAAAUAAUCAAUGGUGUGAAUGCCUCAGAUCCAGACGUACGUUUCCAGGCCACCCAGGCAGCCAGGAAAAUGCUGUCCCGGGAAAGGAACCCUCCCCUAAAACUGAUUGUUGAAGCAGGGCUCAUUCCCAGGCUGGUGGAGUUCCUGAAGUCGUCACUUCACCCCUGCUUGCAGUUCGAGGCAGCCUGGGUUCUGACCAACAUUGCUUCAGGGACUUCACAGCAGACUCGAGCCGUUGUGGAAGGGGGUGCCAUCCAGCCUUUGGUUGAGCUUCUGUCUUCUCCCCAUAUGACUGUGUGUGAACAGGCAGUGUGGGCCCUUGGUAAUAUAGCAGGUGAUGGCCCAGAAUUCAGAGACAUCGUUAUCUCAAGCAAUGUCAUCCCACAUCUGUUGACCUUGGUUUCAUCAACCAUACCAAUCACGUUUCUGCGGAACAUUACCUGGACCUUGUCCAACCUGUGCCGAAACAAGAACCCAUAUCCUUGUGAAAAAGCAGUGAAGCAAAUGCUGCCUGUCCUCUCCCACCUCCUGUGGCACCAGGACAGCGAGGUUCUCUCGGACACCUGCUGGGCCCUGUCCUACCUCACCGAUGGCUGCAAUGAUCGCAUUGGCCAAGUGGUUGACAUAGGGGUCCUGCCCAGGCUGGUGGAGCUCAUGACCAGCUCAGAACUCAAUGUCUUAACCCCCUCUCUCCGCACUGUGGGGAACAUCGUCACAGGAACGGAUCACCAGACCCAGGUGGCCAUUGAUGCGGGCAUGCUGAGCGUGCUGCCCCAGCUGCUGAUGCACCCCAAGUCCUCCAUCCAGAAGGAGGCAGCCUGGGCCCUGAGCAACGUGGCCGCAGGGCCCUGCCAGCACAUCCAGCAGCUGAUUGCUUGCGGCAUGCUGCCUCCCUUGGUGGCUCUGCUAAAAAAUGGAGAAUUUAAAGUGCAGAAAGAGGCUAUCUGGACGGUGGCUAACUUCACAACUGGGGGCACUGUGGACCAGUUGAUCCAGCUUGUCCAUUCCGGAGUCUUGGAACCACUGGUGAAUCUUCUCACCAUCCAAGACCUCAAAAUUGUUCUCAUCAUCCUCGACAUCAUCUCUUUUAUCCUCCAGGCAGCAGAUGUGCUUUCUGAGAAGGAAAAUCUGUGUCUUCUGAUAGAAGAGCUUGGCGGGGUGGAUAGAAUUGAGGCUUUGCAACUUCAUGAGAACCAUCAAGUUGCCCAGACUGCUUUGAACAUUCUCGAGAACCACUUUUGUGAGGAAGAAGAAAACGGCGUAACAUUACCAGCUCUGGACCAAGAUCCUGAAUUCUUAAAGCACUUAGCAAAAAAAUACCAAAGCUCUGCAACUUGUAAACCAAGGCCCAAACCUUAA